AUGUCUUCUGGAGGUCUUCUUCUCCUGCUGGGACUCCUCGCCCUCUGGGCAGAGCUGACCCCUGGCUCCGGCCAGGACCAUCCAAAGUUAUGUUACCUUCCGAAGGGUGGCGGACCAUGUAGAGCCAUAAUACCUCGCUUCUACUACAACUUGGCUUCAAAACAAUGUGAAAAGUUUACUUACGGUGGAUGCAAAGGGAAUGCCAAUAAUUUUAAGACCCUGGAUCAAUGUCGCUACACCUGUAUGGAAAAGCCUGGCGUGUGUCCCAAGAGCCCUCCAAAAAAAAUCACUCCUUGUAUCGCGAAGUGUAUAAAUGACUGGACAUGCCCAAAGAAUCAGAAGUGUUGCAAGCAUGGUUGCAUGACUGAGUGCAAGAAUCCUGCCUAA